CGCGAGACCGGCAUUGAUCUUGAUACUACGCUUCUCGUAUCGGACACACUCGUCCCUCCGUUCGCCACCUCAAUAUGACAGACGAGGAACUUAUACAGAAGCUACAGGACUUCACCCAAAAUGCCCAGCUUCACCAAUUGCAGACUCUCCGCUCCAUCCUUGAUCACAACGGCAGCGUACUCUAUCUUCAGCCCUACCUCCGAGGCUAUGAUGCGCCGGUCGACGCUGAAACUUUCAGACGAUGCGUCCCCUUGUCUUGCUACGAUGAUUAUGUUGAUUAUAUCAACCAACUGGCUGAUGGAAUGAAUGAUCGUGAUGCGCCUCUCCUCUCUGUUGAUCCUCUUCUCUGUUUCUUCUACAGCUCCGGAACAAGUUCCUUGAAGCCAAAACUGAUCCCUCACUUUGAUUCAAACAUUUCUAAAGCCGCCUCCUUUAUUGCUCACCGAGGAAGCGUAUCCAUCCUACAGAGGCUGUUUCGUCCAAGGCCUACGGUCAACAAGAUCCUAUUGUUUCUCUACGCCGACAGUAUUACUAGGACUAAAAGUGGCUUGAAAGUUAUGGCUGCUUCUUCCUUCCCUUUGCAACGUGGUGGAGCUACCUCUCAACAAUUCGCUUCCUUCUCUAGUCCUCUAGAAGUCAUUCUUGGAUCUAAUGCUGAGCAUCAAAUGUAUUGCCACCUUCUUUGUGGCCUCAGGAACUUCAAUGUUAUAGAUGCGAUCGCAGCUCCAUAUGCCGCAGGCUUGAUUAGAGCCUUUAAUCUCCUGGAGUCUAAAUGGGAGCAGCUCUGUGCUGAUCUUGACCGUGGUUUAGCAAGUGACGAAAUUUUAGAAGUGUCAAUGAAGGAAUCGGUUAGAAAAAUUCUUGACGGGCCUCAACCAGAGUUGUCAAGGAGAGUGAGGUUGGCUUGUGAAGGAAAUGACUGGGAUGGGAUUGUAAGUAGGUUAUGGCCUAACGCACGCUAUAUUAAGUGUGUUACCACCGGCUGCAUGAAGCAGUACUACCCAAAGCUUAAGUGCUAUGCAGGAGAGGUCCCUAUUUUAGGAGGAGAUUACUUAGCUUCAGAAUGCUGCGUGGGUAUUAAUUUGGACAUAAAACAAGCGCCUGAAACAACCAAAUAUGUAAUGCUUCCAACAGCUGCCUACUUUGAGUUUCUUCCAUUCAACAUGAAUCAGGGUGACGAUUAUUGUGAAGAAACUGUGGACUUUAGUGAUGUAGAGUUAGGGAAGAUGUAUGAAGUUGUUGCUACUACGUACAAAGGAUUAUACCGCUAUCGUUUGGGUGAUAUAGUGAGAGUUGUUGGUUUCCAUAACUCAUCUCCGCUUGUGGAAUUUGUGAUGAGAGCACCUAAAACUCAUUCUGAGAUUGUGACUGAGAAAGACUUAAUCUCCGCAGUUGAAAACUUUCAACUUGCGCUCAGAACUGCUGUGGGUAUAGAGAUUGUUGAAUUUUCAAGUUUCUCGGAUGACGAGUUGAAGCCAAAGCAGUUGAAGCUGUUUGUAGAAGUUAAAGAGGGCCAUACGAAAACAACUCCGCAGGAAAAAUGGAAAGAAUCAGUUGCAGCUUUUCAAAGGUGCAGUUCUUCUCUCGAGAGGGGCUUGGGAGCUAUGUACAGCGUGCAGAGGGAUAAAGGGGAGGUAGGACCAUUGUUGAUUUUAAUCCUAAGGCCUGGAGCUUUUGACAGGUUAUCAGAAGUAGCUAUUAAGAACGGAGCAUCAGCUAGUCAAUAUAAACCACCUAAGAUUAUUCGAAAUCGGGAAGUUGCCAAACUCUUGGAAAGUUUUGCCCUUGUGACUGUAUCUUUGGAUGGCUGAUAACCAAUGAAUGGACUGGACUACUGCCACAUCAUCCAGGCCCAUCCCAUAUGAAAUUCAAUUAAUUUGUGUAAAUGAUGACAUCGAUCUGAUCACAUUUAGUGAUAUGAUGUACAAAGGUGCUUAGUUGCUUUUAGAAUACUGAAGACCGUUAAUAGAAAGAUUAAGUUGUCUGGA